UGUCAUCUGGCCAAAUUUUCCACAGUUGAAGGCGAUUAAGAAAGCUCGCGAAGCAAGUUAGUGCCUUUUUGCUCGCUCGCAGUCGCACUGAGCAAAAUCUCAGCUCUCACACUCCAAUGUCGUCUUCCUCCUUAGCCGCAGCCCCAACACACGAAGUGUUCAUCAGCGUCCAAAACGACGAUCCAUCGAAGUACAUCGCAGACAUGAUCGACAGAUCUCUGACGCUUCGAGGCGUCCCAACGUUCAAGGACGAGAGGCGUCUGAGAGAGAAGCAGAAAGGCACGAACCUUGGGAGAGAUCUGAAGGAAGCGAUAGCGAUGUCCAAGAUUUCAAUCGUGAUGCUAUCGGAAAACUACGUUUAUUCGAGCUGGUGUUUAGAGGAGCUUGUGGUGAUUCUGCAGAAUCGGCAGAAAUGGGGAUUGAUUGUGUUGCCGAUCUUCUACGAGAUGGAUCCGUCUGACAUAAGGAAGCAGAGAGGCGAUGCCUUUAAGAUUGUGAACGCUCAGAGGAAAGGAGGAGUAUGGGAGAAAAGAUGGAAAUCUGCUCUCAAAGAAGCUGCUAAUUUGUGUGGCUGGGAUCAUCGGGGAAGCAAUAGGAUUGAAUCACUUCUGGUGGGUAAACUAGUUGAAGACAUUGUGAACAAAAGAAUACCCACAAACCUCAGCAUUUCCAUCUAUCCUCUGAGAUAUGACACAAUACAUCAAUACCUGAACAUGUUCCUGCAAGUGGGCAUGCAUGAUGUACUUGUGGUAGGCAUAUGUGGUGAAAGUGGGAUGGGAAAGACAGUAAUUGCAAGAGCAAUUUAUGACCAAAUCUCAUUCACAUUUGAAGGAAGCAGUUUCCUUGAAAAUGUUGGCCAGAAAACAAGAAUGCCUGAUGGUUUAGUUCAGUUGCAGGAGAAGCUUCUGUCUGACACUCUUUCUACAGAAAGUAAAGUGGGAAAUGUGAGCAGAGGAAUGGAUAUGAUCGAGAAGAAACUGUGCUCAAGGAGGGUUUUGAUUGUUGUGGAUGGUGUGGAUGAUCUCGAGCAACUAUAUGCAUUGGUUUGGAAUAGGAGUUGGUUUGGUUUGGGAAGUAAAAUCAUCAUAACAACAAGAACCAGAGAUCUGUGGUUGCUAAAUAAACUUGGCGUAGAUCAAGUGUACUUGGCUCAAGGUCUUCCCUUACCCUCCAAUAUACAGACCAUCUGGAAUCAAUUUCAACUUAGUAAUCAUAUGAUUGCUGGACUCAAGCACUACAUACUGCUACUUCAGCAAACGACAAUUGAAAGAGAGAGGAAUCUGCGGCAAUAUCGGCUGAAACUACGCCAAAAGAAUGCCAUCCAGGAACAAGUUAUAGCCAACUUAAAACAAACUCAAGGAAUUGGCUUGAUUAAAGACAAAUGAAUAACCUGAAGGCUGUUACCGUACAAACUUGGCCGGUUAGACGUGAACUGCGGGGGAAAAAAUGAGAGAAUUAUACAGAAGUCUCACAAAACAGGCUUAAAUUGUCCAUGAACCCUGUAAUAUUUAAAUCUCUUGUGAGGGACCCCAAAGCAAUUCUCCCCAAAAAAAUUCCGAUUGUAUUAUUAGUCAAAGUUUAGGGUUGUAUAUGUAAAAAAUCCUUUUUUUUUUAAUUUGUCUUAUGGUUGUUGUAUAUUUUUGUGGUUGAAAUUUGUUGUAUGUUCCAUUAGGCCCCUUUAUAUUAUGAACACAAAUAUUUUGAAUUUUCUACUUUGCAAAGUUAUCUGAAGCAUGUAUAGAAAGUAAAUUUUCAUGUA